AUGUCUCCGCUAGAAGAACCAGUUGACAAACCCAGCACAGACAAGAUAAUGCUCACAACGGCCCACCUUUGCAAAUUUCGAGGGGACAGGCCCAGACCUGAGUCGCCUCGUACAUGGUGGCAGUCUGCGAUGUUCGAACCGCUGAUGAAAGCAAGAUGUAAAUUGGAUGAUGCAAAGGAUAAUCUACUGAAGACUAGACAGAAGGAUCUGCAGCGGAAAGAAACGAUACGUGAGCGUAGACUGAUGUUGAAGCAUUUGCAAAAGCGCAUAGAUGAGCUGCAAAAGGAGAACCACAAAACCAAGGAGUUGAACUCGAGCUAUAAUCUGUUUCUCAAGGAGGAAGAGGUACAGCUAACUUUUGAUGAAGCAGAGAGGGAGGGGGAGGAGGCUCUUCAGAAGGAGGAGCUGUUGGAGAAGUUAAAGGAGGAGACGGCUGAACUGAUGGAGACGAAAGACAACCUGGACCAUCAGCUGCAGAUGUACACCGUGUACGGGAAGAUCAUGGAGAAGAUACAGAAAAUGACUAAGUUCAAGGAUGCAGAGUUACUUGCGGACAAUUUCCAAAGUCAGCUCCUCAUGAGGGAGCAGCUCUAUCAGAGGGAGUGUGAGGCCGAGGAGCAGGUGGACCAGCAGGAAAUAGCAGUGGCAGCACUCAAGAGUCAGAGCGACUUGAUGCACCUGCAGAGGAGGAAUCGACUGAUUGAGCUCCAGACCAAGAUGAAGAACUUGCUCGCUGAAGUUGAGGUCUGGGAAACGAAGUGGAGCGACAUUCAAAAGGCUUCUGCGAAUAAAACACUCAGACUGGCCCAGGCUAAGAUGGUGAUUCUCGACCUUUAUGAAAAGACAGGGGGCAAAUUAAAGGCAGGAGGUGUCGGUGUGAAUGACACAGACAAACAGCUGGACAAGAUCCAGAUGUACAUCCUGGAACAAGAUGAGGUAAUGGAACGAAUUCAUGGAGAUCAGUCCAUUACCUAA